UAAGCUCCAUAUGGGUGUCUCUGUGGCUGUUAUCCAACUGUGCUGUUCGAGUAUUGUUUCAGUGGACACGACUGACACCGGCGGACGGGACUUCCAAAACGACAAUUUUUCACGGAUGAGUGUAGUGGCUUUGCAGUAGGCACCAUAACGGGAUAUGUAUCUAUUUUGUUGUGGAUUGCACACUAUAUUUUGAAUUGGUGAGAAUAAUCGAAUGGGGCAACUUUGUUUUUGAAUUACUUUUCUCUGCAACUGUGUGCCUAUAGAUAGAAUUAUAGAAGUCGCUUUCAACCUCGGAUCUCAGACCAUCCUAAAACAUUCAUAGACGCAUACGGAUAAGAAGGCUUUUCGAAAGUUUAAAACCAUCAAGGCUAUAACCUUUUAUUUUCUUUGAACGUGAAGUCAGCGCGAGUCCUCAAGCCACUGAACCCUAUAAUUUGCUCUCUCGGUUGUUCCUAUUGCACAUUUUGAAAAACGUAGCAUAUAUAUAUUUUUUUUUGUUUAUAGGCCUAGUCUUACUGUAAUUCUACAAUGGACGGGGAACACGUCUUACGCGAUUUUAAAGAUAUCGAGACAAAGUUGGGUCGCAAAGUUCCUGAAAGUCUCAUUCGUUCCCUUGCAGGAGGAAAUAAUCAUCAUGACAAACAUGAGGAUACAAAAUUGGCGACACCGAAAAACCAGUCGAACUCUGCUGAUUUGAAACGACUGGAGAGCAAGAUGUUAUUUUUGAGACAGGAAAUGGCCCACCUCCGUGCCAUCGAUGUCAAGCUGAUGCAGCAGCUAAUGUCCAUCAACGACGGCAUCGAAUCCAUCAAAUGGGUGAUGGAGGACAAGGAGGGCCUAGCCAGUCGUGAAAGCAGCCUGACAGGCAGCCUGUACAGCCUAUUGGACAGCCAAGAUGACACCUCUUCACGCGGCAGCUUCACCAGUCUGCACGACGGACACAGCGAUGGAUUGGACGGGAUAUCCGUGGGCAGUUAUCUGGAUACGUUGGAUGAGUUAGCCGAAGACCUUUCGGAACACACUUCUCCGACGGACCUUGAUCUAUUCUCUGAUAAACCUGUUAUAGAGGACGAGACUUUCAGCAAGCCAACAAUGCGACUCAGAGUGGACUCCGAUGAGUACUACUGCUUUGGAUAGCUCUGUGUGGCUAAGAGGCUAAUACAAACGCAGACAAAGACCAGAGGGUUAUUUUUGCCUAGCGCUGUCAAGAUUUCAAAUUCAUAUCAAAUCAAAUACAGUUGGCAUGGUAACUUUGAUAACAUUUUUAAAUUAUGAUUUGUUCCCUUGAUGACCUACAUUCUUUUCCUGCUGCUAAGUGUUCUACAGUGAUGUCACAGUGACAUUUAAGUGGUUUUACAAAGGGCAACUAUUCACAGUUGUGCUAUUUUGUAUCAUAAAACCAAAUUCCUUUUUGUCUAAUGCAUGUACACCUCACUAAACCAUAGCUGCUUGUCCCUUCACAAAAACAAGUAAGGAUGAGCUUUAAACAUAAUUAGGGAUUGAAUUGUCAUACUGAUAGGAGGUUAAAGGUGCAAUUUGUAAGUUAUCUGUCCCAACAAGAGGAACUGCAACCACAAUCAACCUAAAACAAAUACAAAAUAAUGCUAAGUAGUGCACCCUCUUCCUCCUCAUUCUUGGUGGUUGCUUGCAGUGCUCUCCAAGAGCGUUGGAGUCCACUUUUUUUUAAACAGAAAAUCGAACUUACGAAUUGCACCUUCUUAAUAAUAGUUUUGCUGUUUGUUUUAUUUUUAUUGACACAGCUCACUUGGCAAAAGUUAGAUGAAUUUUUCACAAUUUUCUUUCAGUGCACACUGACUGUACUCCGAAGAAUCUGAUACCUCAGUGUCUUGUUUCCCUUUUCACUUAGAUACCAUGUCUUUGGUUAGCCAUUCAUCCAUAAGAACUAAGGUAAUGUAGUAUAUAAGGAAUUAGUGGUAAUUUGGAGCAUUAGCGGUUCCAUGCUGAGACAUCGUCUGGAGUGGUUUAGUGGGGCAAAAAUACUACAUUUCCUUCAGGCUAUAGCAUCCAAGUGCAAUUUGAAAUAAAAAAUUGAUUUUGACAGCUAUGUGCUUACAUGCUAAACAUUGGACAGGUACUUUGCUCUUUCUUACUUUUUUUAUUUAGACAGAUUGCAGUCAACAUUGCCAUUCCCAGGUCAACUAUUUUUGUUUUUUUUGUUUUACCACAAGAGAUUAAUUGCAAAGAAGUUCCAAAGCGGAAAUCUUGAAGUUCACAACACUUAAUUAAUUGAAUUACUAUAUGGUAUUUUUUUGAUUACGUUUAAUAACUUAAUUUUUGAGCUAGUCAAAACUUUAAUGACUGGUAACUGACAAAGUUAAUUACAAAAGUAAGGCCAUUAAUUUCUGUACAAAGAUGAUUUUGCUUUAAAUUCCACUUUCUGUGUCUUCACAUGACCUGUGUGUGUUGUGCCCUUCAUGUUGCCUACUUUUUUAACAUUGUAACUUAUUGGUGUUGAAAAGUCUGUUGGGGAAAAUAAUAUAUUGUGAUUUUCUUCUUUCUCA